AUGGGCGGAGCCCUUGUCCUAAACUACGUCUGCGGUCUUGGACAACGUACCCCGCUCCUUGCAGGCAUCAUCUCCUCCUCCCCAUAUCUCCAGCCGACUAUGCGAGGAGCCGGAUCGAGGUUUCCGAGUACUUAUAAUCGGUUAGGGAAAUGGUACCCGAAUGUCAGUGUCGGGUUUAGGAUACAAGCGGAGGAGUUGACGAGGGAUUUGGGCGAGAUGGAGAGGGUUCUGGGGGAUGGACUUAUUCGUGACUCCGUCUCCCUUCAAUGCCUGGGGGAUAUGAUAUACCAGGGACAGAAAGUCCUCAAGAAGCGUUGGAAAAAGUUCCCAGCCCCUUUACCAAUACUCCUCCUCCACGGGACAAACGACCCUAUCUGCUCCUACCAGGCAACCCAAACCCUCUCCUCCCAGCUCCUUAAACUCCAGCCAUCGAACUUUAGGUUCAAAUCCUGGAAGGACAAUAUGCACGAUCCACAUUGGGAUUUGGACGCAAACGCAGUGCGAUCAGAGUAUACGACAUGGAUCCGGAACAAUUGCAGGCAUUUCGAUAAACUGCCCCUAGAACCCAGUAUGGUCCACUGGGAUUCCAUUCGAUCCUCACGCUCCGCUGCUACUUCUUCCCGCUCUACCCCCCACCACUCCUCCUCCUCGGACGAUCCUCCCAACAAGGGCGGGAAGAAGGACAAAAAGACGGAUAAUAAGCGAGAAAAGCAGGAGAAAGAGGAACGAAAGAGGCAAGAAAAACUCGACAAGACCGAAGAGAAGACGCAACAGAAACUCGCCGGAAAACAAGGCGCGGGACCCACAGUUCCAGACGCUGGACAGGACGGCACACAAGUCGGAGGAGAGGCGCAGGGCACGGUGAAGCUGGAAAAGGUAGUAUCGACCCCAGCGAGUGCUGAACCGGAGGUGAUUCAGGAUCUGGAUGGGUUGCGGCGGCAGCAGGAGAUAAGUAAACAAAAGGCGAUCGAUAAGAGGCGCGAGUAUAACCUCGAUCCUUCUCUUACUUCUGCCUCCGAAGCUGCCCCAGAAACCGCUGGCCAUAUAGUAGAUGAGCAGCAUCAGCAACAGCAAGCGGGACAAGUGCCGUCAGAUUCGCCAGCACCACCAUUAGGAGACCGACAGCAACAUGGAGUGAUCCCAACAGUCAUCACAGAACUAUGUACCCCCACAACCUCGACACCACCACACCUAGUACCUUUACCCAUCACCAGUCCAUCAUCAUUGGCAAGUCAACAGGACCCAACAGGUCUACAAAGCACCAUAUCACAUCCAGUCGUCAAGGAGCAAACGGAGAUGGAGAAAUCCCUCGAGGUCAUCGCGCAAACCCUCUCCAGACACAAUUCUCUUAAUCGCCUCUCUACCGCCACCACCGCUACCGCUGUCGGCAUAUCUGGAUUUGUUUCUUUGCCCGCCCUAGAUGAGGCGACAUCCAUGUCGAGGGUAGAACUUGCGGUCGACACGACUUCUUCUGUUGUCGCCGUAGAUGUACAUGAUGCACCAACCGCCGUGGCACCAUCACCACCACUGUUGGAAGUCGAGCUCCCCAAUUCUACUGCUCUUCAGCCUCCUGCAUCCAUCACCAACGCCGAGGACAUUGUUGAAACGACAGCGACAAUACAAGCUGAAGAAAUCAUUCCCCUGAAACAAGAACAGGAACAGGGACAGCAACAGGAACAAGGACAGGAACAGGGACAGGGACAGGGAUAUACCAACACACCCGAUUCCGUCGUCCAUGUCGACUACUCGCCUGAAGCACCUUCCUCCUCAUCCUCCAUUGAAGAGGAAGCACCAGAGCAAGUAGCCCCAGCAGAAUCACUAGCCUCACCUGAAUGUGCAACUUCUCAUCCUGGACAAUUCCCUUCACCCACUCUCACCCCCACCGUCACAAUCACCUCUAUCGUCAGAGAAGCUCCCACCGACUCCAAGAUCGACGACAUCAUCGCCUCAUAA